AUGUUUACAGUACAUGUUCUGAUUUUCUUCCUGCUGCUUGGUCUUGCCACAUCUGAGGAAAACAUUUACGUCGACUAUGAGAGUAAUCCCGAUCACCCGUUUCCUGUGAUACGUCGGGGUAAGUCUGAUUUUAUUCUCUUUGUAAUGUCUUUAUAUUGUAAGGUUGUAUCGCGAGUGAAAAACACCUUUGAAGGUUUUAAAAUGAGAGAAAUCGUUUGUAGGACAGUUUUAUUGAUUACGUUAUACAAUUAAGUGUUUUCAAAAGAACAAGAUACACUUUAAUAGGUCUCAGUUUAGUAAGUUUAAUUCGGGGCUGUUUUUACUUACAGAGAGUGCAUGUUAUGUUGGUCUAUACAUGCCUAAUCUCUUCUUAAAUUCAGUUCGCGUAGUAUUAGAAUUACAGUAGACUACAGUAGUUAUUAUACAGUAAUUACAGUAGUUAUUGUACAGCUUAGUGGUUGAUACUAAUAGGUUGAUUUUUGUAAAUAUUUUUGUAAAUAUUUUUAUAUUGAUGUAAUGAACACGCCCCUCGUGGAAAUCAGCGAAAGUUGACUAGGCUAGCGUGUUGUUUUAAAUAAAGUUUAUCUAACUACCUACCUACCUAUAUGCGCGGUUUCAUGAUCAUGGCAAUAUCCGCAGAAAUUAUGCUACAAAAUUAAAUCAGGACGCGCUUUUAAGAAUUUUCAUCAGUCAAUUGAAAAUUUUGUUAUGAAUCAUUUAGACUGCAUGAUUUACGUACUUGUUAGAUAGCCUCAACCAUUGGACUAAACGGCCCAAAGUGCCAAAACGGCUUUUCUGCCUGUGCCCCGCCCAAAUUAUAAAAUAUUACUGAUACCGCACUGAAAUAUAAAGGCCGUUGCAUGAGGGUCGAAAAUGUUCAAUACCGUAGCACCCCUCGUGUAACUACAUAAUUUUUACAUGAAUGGAUAGAUUAGAACUUACUUAUUUAGAAUCCACUUCCCCCCAAGCGAAAUAGUUGCACAAAUUGAAGUAGAACAUCUCCAAAGUACCGGCUUCUUCGAAUUUUGAAAUCCGUGAACCGCCAUUGUUGUGUUGCAAAUACGCAUGCGCUUAACCACAAAACACUUAAUGCGCAUGCGCAGAUUAGAAAACUUAUCUCAAUCCAGGACUGGACAAGAAAAAAUUAUGAAAUGUGCGAAAGCAGGGCUGAAAUAAAACAAAUGACAUCGAAGUGUUUUAAAAAUAUAUGAUAUAUUUAUGGUCUGUGCAUUUGAAUGGAGUUCGCCAAACAUUCUGAGGCCAGGAGUCAGGAACACUUCCAAGCCAACAUCACAAUAAUAACUUAUUUUAAAAAAAAUCUGAAUAACGCGUUCGCAAGCAAAUCUGCUUUUCAGGAUUUAAAUAUUAUCACAAUCCUAAACAUUCAGGACCGUGCACAGAGGGGAGACAGGAGGGGGGGGGGUGCAAUUUCCCCCUUGAGAAAACUAUAUUUACGACUUUUAGAAUGUCAUUAAUUAUUCUUCGGAUAUUUGGGACUUUUUUCGGCAUAUAGACCCAGUACUGCCCCCUGGUGAAAAAAUCCUGCGUACGGCCCUGUAAACAAUCUAGAAUACGCAUACCGUAAUUUAUCUUUUCUUUGGGGUGGGGGGGGGGCGACAGGCACGGAUUUUCUAGGGGGUGCGGGGGAGUGACAGAAAUUAUUUGCACCCUCCCCCCCCCCCAGAGGCAUUUGGCACCGCCCCCAAAAGUUUUUGCGCACCCCGCAAAUUAUAUAUAUUUUGAUUUGAUAGUUUCAUAUUUGAUUAUUCUUACUACUAAAUUUGCAAAAUUACCAAUAUUAUCGUCUCAGAUCUCGCCAUGCAGGCCUAGAAAAAAAAUUUUGUUAAACUUUUUCCUUGGCGGCCUUUCCGGGCGUUGCCACAAGGACCCGGCCAAAGCAAGCAGCGCCCCCCCCCCCCGAACGAAAAUAUGAAAAUCCGUCUCUGGGGGAAAGGAGAAGAAGAAAUACUUUCAUGCUUCACGAUUUUAUACUUUAAUUAAUUGCUUACAGGAGGGGGCCGGGGGUGGAGAGGGGUGGUGCUAAACAGAACUAAUUACGAUAACUAACAAUCUUAUUUAUUUUCUAAAUCUUUUCUCGUCAAUUUUAUUGAGUCAAUGUUGGUUAGUCCAAACCUCGAGUGCCAACCUACCAAUUGGUUACGCUGACUGGAACUUCAUUACGACUCUGUUUUUGUAUCAAUCAAUUUCAUCCUCAAACGGCUUUUCGCCAAUCCAAUUUGUGCAAUCAUCAUUCUCAGCUUAUACAAAAAACAAUUAAAGAAGAAGGAAGCAGCUUAGUAGGUUAUAGGAGAUAUUGUUAUACAACAGCACUUCGUGACGUUUACAAUCUAAAUAUAUAAUUAUAAUAACUUGCGCAUACAACGCGCGCAUACCAAGAGAAAGGGAGUUUCCGUCCUAUCUAAUUAGCAUUGACAACUUUUCCGCAACACACUGUUCAUUACUCAAGUAAAUUUAAAUUUGGUAUCCACAGUACUAAGACCCAAAUCGGAACAGAAUCAACAGAUUACCUGACUCAGACUGAGUAAUUUGAUCUUUAUCAAAAGGUAUCGAAUCAUCACUGCACUCCAAAAUCUCCAGAAGCGUAUCCACGAUUUUUGGUCAGAGGGAGAGGGGAGGGGGGCGGCGGCAAAAACCUAGGUGGGGCCAUGUUUCACUUCUUUUUAUAGAAUAAAUUUUCGCAGGCUGGCCUCUCGGCCCCCAACCUGGCUAUGCUUCUGAAAACGUUUUCAGCGAAACCGUCAUCGGUUCUGACUCCAAAAGUUGUCCAUCGUCAUCAUCUGUUUUCCAUCGCCUUCAAUCUUCAAACACUCAGGGUAAACUAUGUUAUCUAACAACAUGAAGUCGCAAAUCGGAACAAAGGCCAACAGAUGAUUAACACGAUGUGGGUAAAUAGGUUUCUCUGAACUUGAACUCGGAGAAGUUUUAUAAGACAUAUCGUUGCUAACAUUUUCGAAGAGCAGUGAUGUCAGCUCAUAAACAGUAAAGUAUACUCGGUCUGGCCAUGUGUAAGGUAAUCAUUUGUUGUAAUAACUUGAACAAGGAGGAUCCAGUGUAGAUCAAGGUUGUAGGAAUCACACGGUGCAAGUAAAAAUAUUCUUUCAACUAGCUGAAAGAAUAAAGAUACAAAACUUCUCCGAGUUCAGAGUGAGAGAAUCCUAUUUACUCACAUCGUGUUAAUCAUCUGUUGGCCUUUGUUCCGACUUGAGACUUAAUUUUGUUAGAUAACAUAUUUACCCUGAUUGUUUGAUGAUCGAAGGCGAUGGAAAGCUAAUGAACUAAUGAUGAUGAUGGUGAUGAUCAUGGUGGGCAACUUUUGGAGUCCACUCAGAGUACUCAGUCUGAGUCGGGUAAUCUGUUGGUUUUGUUCCGAUUUUCGACUUAAUGCUGUUGGAUAACAUAUUUAACUUUAAUUGACCGAGACUGGACAGCGUGUUUCGGAAAGGCUGUUAAUGCUAAUUAGAUAAGACGGAAACUCCCUUUUCUUGAUACGCGUGCGUCGUAUGCGCAAGUUAUUAUAAAUAGAUUGCAAACGUCACGAAAUACUGUUGUAUAACAAUACCUCCUAUAACAUACUAGGCUGUUUCCUUUUUCUUUAUAUUUUUUUUAUAAACUGAGAAUGACGAUUGCACAAAUUGGAUUGGCGAAAAGCAGUUUGAGGAUGAAAUUGGCUGAUACAAAAACAGAGUCGUGAUGAAGUUCCAGGUUUGGACCAACUAACUUUGACUCAAUAAAAUCAGUGACGGGGAAAGAUUUAGAAAAUAAAUAAGAUUGUUAGUUAUCGUAAUUUCUCUGUUUAACACCACUCCCUCCCCACUCCCUGCCUGCCCUCACCUGUGAGCAAUUAAUGUAUAAAAUCGUGAAGCAUGAAAGAAUUGUAUUUGAAAGAUAAUUAUGAUAUUGGAAUGAAAAUCACAGUACCCGAUGUUGCAUAUAUUUAAAGAGAAUCAAACCAGUGCAAACUGAUUCUUUGUAUAUAUUAGAAACACCCCCCCCCCUCCUCCCCCCCCAAAAAAAAAGAUAAAUUACGGUAUGCGUGUUCUAGAAUGUCUACAGGGUCGUACGAAGGAUUUUUUCACCAGGGGCAGUACUGGGUCUAUAUGCCGAAAAAAGUCCCAAAUAUCCGAAGAAUAAUUAAUGACAUUCUAAAAAUCGUAAAUAUAGUUUUCUCAAGGGGGCAAUUGCCCCCCCCCCUGUCUCCCCGCUGUGUACAGUCCUGAAUGUUUAGGAUUGUGAUAAUAUUUAAAGCCUGAAAAACAGAUUUGCUUGCGAACGCGUUAUUCAGAUUUUUUUAAAAAUAAGUUAACAUUAUUGCAAUGUUGACUUGGAAGUGUUCCUGGUCUCAGAAUGUUUGGCGAACUCCAUUGAAGUAUACAGACCAUAAAUAUAUCAUAUAUUUUUAAAACACUUCGAUGUCAUCUUGUUUUAUUUCAGCUCUGCUUUCGCACAUUUCAUAAUUUGUUUCUUGUCCAGUCCUGGACCGAGAUCAGUUUUUCUAAUCUGCGCGUGCGCAUUAAGUGUUUUACGGUCAAGCGCAUGCGUAUUUGCAACACAACAAUGGCGGUUCACGGAUUUCAAAAUUCGAAGAAGCCUGUACUUUGGAGAUGUUCUACUUCAAUUUGUGUAACUAUUUCGCUUGGGGGUAAGUGGAUUCUAACUAAGUAAGUUCUAAUCUAUCCAUUCAUGUAAAAAUUAUGUAGUUACACGAGGGGUGCUACGGAAUCUGUUUUCUAAGCAUAUUUUCGACCCUCAUCUCACGGCCUAAUAUAUGCAUUAGCUCAAGACAUAACUAGUUAUUGUUCAAGUUACGGUAAAAAUUAAAAGUUAUUGGCCCGCAUUUCACCUAUUUGAAACAAAUGUUUGCCUUUAAAAGGCACUGAACUUUAACGAAUAUUCAAUAAAGCUUAGCUUUUUCUUAGUUGACUAGUAUUUGUGCUCAAGCUAGUCUGUCACACUUCCAAGUGAUUGUUGUCCUUGGCGUGGACGUUAAAUGUUUCCUUGUAAAAAAUCCUUAUUUAAUGCCUGAUUUUAGAUGUGGCCAGUUUAAAAACAAACAUCAUCGCCCAAUUCAGAGGACCAACUUAUCAGUUUUGUGGCCUUCAAUGCGCAGAACACCGUUUUUGUGUCGCAUUCAACUACAAGGAGAAAGACGAAGGGAAUGACUUGAACUGUCAGUUGACAAACACGACUCGACAUGAGUUUGACAAUAAUGCCAGCCAAAAAAAGCGAGUUUGGAUGUUCAUCAAAAAUAAUGUAGACCGAAGUCAAGUGGUAAGCAAUUAUGUAUACUUUUAAAAAACAUUUGGGACAAAGAGAAAGCUUUCUGCAUGAUUAUGUCAGAAUCGAUUUACACUGUUUUGAAAUAUUUUAAUUCCUGGAGUUUCUGAAAACUUUGUAUGAAGGAAAACUUCCCAAAAAUGGCAAUUCUAUAGUCUAUGAAUAAAAUGCGUAUAGAUCUAAAUAUUCAAUAACCCUUCAUUUGAAAUUUUAAAAUAAAUUAUAAGAUAUUUUCAUCAAAAAUCAGGUAAACUCCGGGAUUAGCAAGUCUAUGUAACCUUAUUUUUUCAGUUCGCCAUACGUUUUGAAUACAAAGUCCUAUUUUUUCGCAAGUUUAAAUAAAACCGUCUAUAUUUAAGCUUUGGAUUAUACAAUUACUUUAUGGUUUCCGUGUUUGGAUGGCCAGAUCCAAACACGCGGGAAUGUUGCGAGAGUUAAAAAAAGCGAGCGAAACACGAGCCGAAGGCGAGUGAUUUUGCCCGCUUUUCUUAACUCGAGCAACAUUCCCAAGUGUUUGGAUCAGUCCAUCCAAACACGGAAACCAUAAAAUAAUUGUUUUAUAAAAUAACAACAACACGGUAGUCUUCCGUGUUUGGAUGGCCUGAUCCAAACACGGCUUUCGACCAAUCAGAAUACGCGUUAUAUACAUGUUAUUUUAUAAUACAGUAUAUGUGCGUUGUUUGAGCAAAAUGCGCACAAUAAGUAACAAUUUGGUUAAAUAAGAAUCCACUAUUGGCAACAAAUUGAAACAAAACUUUUCUGGUAUUUAAACAUUUUUCUGGUAUUUAUUGUCGGUCUCUAAAAUCAUGCUGCAAUGAACUAUUUUGCAGGCGUCGUGCAGAGGAGAAGUGAAUGAAUGUCGCAAUGGUGGUACAAUGAUCUGGGAUCCAGAGAAACCUUUCAACUGUCUAUGUAAAGAGGGAUACGAAGGAGAGAUGUGUGAAAAUGGUAAUAAUAAUGUUAAGAUAGUCGUCCACACCUGACUAGUCCCCAGUUGUCUGUGUGUUACUCUGUUUAAAGCGCGGGCGCCGGAAUAUCGCGUGUGCUCACCGCCUGCAUGCCCUUGCUACCUUUCCUUCCGCCCGCGCUUGAAAUACAGAGAUGACUGGGGACGAGUCAGCGUCUACCCUGAAAAUAUUUAUUUUCAAAUUAAAGCUUUUGUUUUCUUUCCAAUAUUUGUUAUUUUUAGAAAAACAAAAGAUUUCAGUCCUUACAGCGUUCUUUAUAAACAUCUGUAUAAUUUUUUUUUAAAAAAUGCGUUUCUCCAGUUAUCUUUGUCAUGAUAUUAAACUUUUCAUUUCCAUUUCGAACUGCCGAAACAUGGACUAUCUUAUUGGUACGAUUUAGAAUACCAUUUUAGUACGCAUGAUAUACCUAUCCCUAACUAUUAUGGCACUACAGGGUGUAUAAAAAAACCCUGAACCUUAAUUUCAAAUUCAAAUUAGCUAUAACAUAUUGUAGUAAUUUGACAGCCAUAUUUAAAAACUUUUAAAUUUUCUAAUUUUUAUUUCUUUGAGUUUUGUUCCAUGAGUACAAGACCUUGUUUUUUUACCCGACCAUUAACUCAAAACAAUUAGAGCUGUCAAAUUACUACAAUACGUUAUAGCUAAUUUGAAUUUGAAAGGGUUCAGUUUUUUUAUACACCCUGUAUAGUGCAUAGAGUACUAAUAUAAUACAAAGAGGUUAAUUAACUCCAAGUUAAGUUAGAGUUAUAAACCGAGAAGGAGGUUUAUAACUGAUAUAUUGCCCCCGAGGACGCGCAGCGUCCGAGGGCAAUAUAUCAGUUAUAAACCGACUUGCGAGAUUUAUAACUAACUUAUAUCUCAUUUGUGGAGGUUUUCUAACAUAUUUUGUCAUUUUCAAAAAUUUUUGAUGAAAAAUUCUCGCGUUUUGUCGAAAAGUUUGAUGUAAUUAUUUAUUCAAGGUAUAUUAGCUAGUUAUAAACCUCGGACGAUCAAAGAAAACAGACACAAAUGAGAUAUAAGUAUUGAUAUGCUCCAAAUUAUACUAAAUUUAACGCUUAACUGAGUUUAUGGCCUUCUUAUAAAACAUAAUCUUUUGAUUCUCUUCAGCUGGUCAGUUAUUAACAGCAUGAAAAUUUCAAAAUUCAUUCUUUACUACAGUAUUAAUCUGCAUCUGCAAUAACCUGCAAAACUGGCCAUUGAUUACAGUUGCGUAUCAAUAACUCUUAUUUUAAUAAGAAUGACAAAGGUUGACAAAUUUUGAGGCAUAAUUUGAUUAUUUCAGAUAUUGAUGAAUGCUCUGAAGAAAACUUCACUUGUCACUUAAAUGCCACUUGUAUAAAUACUCAAGGCUCGUACAAAUGUGAAUGUAAAAACGGAUACGUGAGCGAUGGGAAAGAGAACUGCACAGGUAUCUAAAGGAUAUGUUAACAUAAAUAAUUAGAGAUAGACUAUUAAGUUGUAUAUUUUGAUUAUUUCAGACCUUGAUGAAUGCUCUGAAGGAAACUUCAGUUGUCAUCCAAAUGCAAGGUGCAUCAAUACUCAAGGCUCAUACCACUGCAAAUGUAAAAGCGGGUUCGUUGGGGACGGGAAAAAGUGCGCAGGUAUAAAAUUUUGAAAACUUAUACAUUUCUAAAUUUCAGUCAGUCACUCAAUCACUGAACGUUUCUACAACUAUUAAAAAGUCGUAUGUUUAUAUUAACUUUAUUCUCUUCACAUAUUUUAAUUAAUUAAGAGGAAAUUAAGCAAUAAUAAUUUACGACUUUUCGACUCAUAGCUAAGUUACUGAAUCACUCUCAGCUGGCGCCCAUUUCAAAACCCAACUUGAAAUUCGCGAGCAAUUUUUUUUUCGCAAACUAAGUGCAUGGAGACUAAUUUAAAAAAAAGGGCACUAAAAGCAGGAGACGUCAAAACGAAUGUGCUUACAAAACGUCGAAAAACUCAGUUACAACGUCCCUGAAAGCUAUGUACAUAAUCUAGUGAUUGGUUAUUACUGUACCUCCGCCAGAAGACUAUGUUUUGAUCCACGCGUGUGUAUGUUUGUGUGCAUGUGUGUGUUUGUCUGUUAGCCUGAUAACUCACGAACAAUACAAUUUAUUAAUAAAAAAAAUUGUGGAACGAAUGGACAUUGUCCAAGGAGACCUUGAUGAAAUUUUGGAUAAAUCAAAAGUUUGUCUUGCUUUGCCAAACUGAAUGCGUCAUUAUUGACCCAUUGCAUAAUUUAUGCACGAUACAUAACUUAAUUCACUGGCAGAGAUAUGUACUGUUAUAAUCUCCGAGUGCCUUCUACUCUUAAUUAUUAUUUCUACUAAAGAAUCAUGACUGAUUUGUUGAUUUCCAGUGAGGAGUCUAAUUAUGGUGAAUGUAUAUUUAUUUUAAUAGGAAAGAGUAGUGAACCAACUUAUUUUUGCAUGAUACAAUGUAUUCCUGAGAAAAUCCCAACACUGCUUUGUCAACAUAAAGUUGACUCAAGCGGGAUUUGAAUUUGCAUAUUCAGCGAACCGGGUUGACACCCUAUACCAAUUAAGCUAUUGAGUCCAACUGGGGAGAACACAAUGUUAUCAUCUUAGUAUAUCUCAUUACUCAUAACAGACUCUUGUGUUUAACAAUACAUUUAGCUUUGUCUUUCGAAUCAGAAAUAUUGUGGUCUGAGCCACUGGAUUUUACAACAAAACUGGGAGAAUGGUUGCCACUAGCAGGAAACUGGAGUGUAUGUUGGCAAGCAACAAGAGACGGUUGGGCAAGCACGACAUUCCUUGCUAGAUGUAAUGGGAAUGUACCCACCCUUACAAUUGUUAAAGUCGUCAAGGAUAACAAGAAUUUGAUAUUUGGUGGCUUUGCGAAAGCAACAUGGGCUGGACGUAAGUUUGAAUUUAUUAUAGCCAUACAUACAUGCAGCCAGGUGUAUAAAAGAAACUAA